AGCUGCGUGGGGCGGAAAAAGGGCGUCGUCGUCGUCGUCACGUGACGGAGUCAAGAUGGCUGCCUUCCCCUGGCAUGCAAGACCAAGAAAUUACACCCGUGAAUUAGAAUCAUGCAGGCUGGAGCCUGUGUCUGUGGAGUUUGGAGACUACCAUCCACUCAAACCCAUCAUUGUCACUGAAUCUAAGACAAAGAAAUUAGGACGUAAAGGAAGCACGUCUUCUACAUCGUCGUCGUCCUCCAGUUCCAUGAUGGAUCCUCUGAGCAGUGUGUUGGAUGGCACGGAUCCUUUGUCAUUAUUUGCAGCAACUGCAGACCCAAUGCUGACUGAGAGCACCAAAAAGAAACGUGACAAAGAAGAGAGUUUAAGUGUGGGAAGCGACUUUGAACCUUGGUCAAACAAGCGGGGUGAUAUCCUCUCUCGAUAUACAACAAAUGAAAAGCUCUCUAUUAAUUUGUACAUGGGAUCUGAAAAAGGAAAAGCAACAACUCCUGGAUCCGCAGUUUCUGAGAAGGUGCGGACAAGGCUGGAAGAAUUGGAUGAUCUUGAAGAGGGCUCUCAGAAAGAGCUGCUCAACCUGACUCAGCAAGAUUAUACACAUCGGAUUGAAGAACUCAAUCAGUCUUUGAAGGAUGCUUGGGCCUCAGAUCAAAAAGUAAAAGCUUUAAAGAUAGUUAUUCAGUGUUCUAAACUUCUUUCAGAUACAACUGUGAUUCAGUUCUAUCCAAGUAAAUUUGUCUUGAUAACAGACAUCCUGGACACAUUUGGUAGGCUGGUGUAUGAAAGAAUAUUUUCCAUGUGUAGUGAUACUCGCAACUCCUUGCCAGAAAAUUUUACCCCUGAAAGUGUGAAUGACACGGCCAAAGAAACCUGCUUAAACUGGUUCUUCAAGAUCGCCUCCAUCCGAGAACUGAUCCCUAGGUUUUAUGUGGAAGCAGCCAUACUGAAGUGCAACAAAUUUCUUUCUAAAACAGGGAUUUCGGAAUGUCUGCCGCGCCUGACCUCCAUGAUCCGUGGAAUCGGAGACCCAUUGGUUGCAGUCUAUGCUAGAGCAUAUCUCUGCAGGGUUGGGAUGGAGGUCGCUCCUCAUCUGAAAGAGAGCCUUAACAAGAACUUUUUUGAUUUCCUUCUAACUUUUAAACAAAUUCAUGGGGACACAGUUCAGAACCAACUGGUGGUGCAAUGUGUGGAAAUGCCUUUGUAUCUCACACUUUAUUCUCCUGCCAUAGAUUGGAUUUUACAAUGCAUUUCUUACCGAGCUGCAGAGGUCCUGCUGACUGAAACGAUGGAAAGAUGCAAGAAGCUUGGCAACAAUGCCCUGCUGUUGAAUUCAGUCAUGUCUGCCUUCAGAGCUGAGUUUAUUGCUGCAAGGUCCAUGGAUUUUAUUGGCAUGAUUAAGGAGUGUGAUGAAUCUGGCUUCCCCAAGCACCUGCUCUUUCGCUCUCUAGGGCAGAACUUGGCCUUGGCUGAUCCACCGGAGGGAGAUCGGCUUCAGAUCUUAAACGAAGCGUGGAAGGUUAUCACAAAGUUAAAGAGUCCCCAGGAUUAUAUCAACUGUGCAGAAAUCUGGGUGGAAUAUACCUGCAGACAUUUCACGAAGCGUGAAGUCAAUACUAUUUUGGCCGAUGUCAUCAAGCACAUGACUCCAGAUCGGGCCUUUGAAGAGGCCUAUCCCCAGCUUCAGUCAAUCAUUCAGAAAGUCAUUGCCUAUUUCCAUGACUUCUCUAUUCUCUUUUCACUGGAGAAAUUCCUACCAUUUUUGGAUAUGUUCCAGAAGGAAAGUGUCCGAGUGGAGGUUUGCAAGUGCAUCAUGGAAGCUUUUAUUAAGCACCAACAGGAGCCAACCAAGGACCCUGUCAUACUCAAUGCGCUUCUGCACGUUUGCAAAACUAUGCAUGAUUCUGUGAAUGCCCUGACGCUAGAAGAUGAAAAACGAACAUUAGCCUCAUUGAUAAAUGGAUUUUUAAGAAUGGUUUCAUUUGGUCGUGACUUUGAGCAGCAGCUGAGUUUCUAUGUGGAAGCCAGAUCCAUGUUUUGCAAUCUGGAACCCGUUCUUGUCCAACUGAUUCAUUGUGUGAACCAGCUGGCAAUGGAAACAAGGAAAGUGAUGAAAGGGAACCAUUCCAGAAAGACGGCUGCAUUCGUCAGGGCCUGUGUUGCCUUCUGCUUCAUUACAAUUCCGUCGCUGACAAGCAUCUUUUCUCGCCUUAAUCUCUACUUGCACUCUGGACAGGUGGCUUUGGCAAACCAAUGCCUUUCACAAGCUGAUGCCUUCUUCAAAGCAGCAGUGAGCCUGGUCCCGGAGGUACCAAAAAUGAUCAACAUCGAUGGGAAGAUGCGGCCUUCUGAAGCAUUUCUCCUUGAAUUCCUUUGCAAUUUCUUCUCUACUCUAUUAAUAAUUCCUGACCAUCCAGAGCAAGGCGUUUUGUUCCUUGUGCGAGGGCUGCUCAACGUCAUCCAGGACUAUACUUGGGAAGAUAACAGUGACGACAAAGUUCGGAUUUAUACCAAUGUUGUGCACCUCCUUUCAGCAAUGAGUCAGGAGACCUACAUUUACCAUGUGGACAAAGUUGAAUCCAACGAUACUUUGUAUGGCGGAGAUACCAAAUUCCUGGCAGAAACGAAUAAGCUGUGUGAAACGGUGAUAUCCCAGAUCCUGGAGCAUUUGAAAACCCUAGGAAAAGAUGAGACUUUAAAGCGUCAGAGCCAGCUGGCCCUCUACUUUUUCAGCAGCAUCGUGGCCCAUGGAGAUCUGCGCAACAACAAACUCAACCAGCUUGCUGUUAACUUGUGGAAUCUGGCUCAGAAGCACGGCUUUGCUGACACAAAAACCAUGGUCAGAACCUUAGAGCACAUCAAGAGGCAAAGCAAACGCCCUGAGUUGAGACAUUUCACAGAGCUUGCCCUGCGCCUCCCUCUGCAGUCGAGGACCUGAUGAAUACUGCUCUGCCAGAGUCAGAUAGACUACAAGGCCCUUCUCUAAGGCCUAUAACAUUCAAGAUGCAUUUGAAGCUGUUAUUGCCGCCCAAUAUCCUUUUCCUUUCUAAGUGUCCCUCAGCGUGACAGAUGUAUUUGGGCAGAAGCAGAUGAGGAAUUCUUCUGCCUUGCAAUCUUUUUUGAAAUGAAUUUUUGUUUCCCUCUGAAAUGCUCACAUUGGGUGGGUCAAAUGGUAUCAUGCCAUUUCAGGAUGGAAAUAAUUGGAUAUAAAUCCAAUGGGGCUGCAAAGAAAAAUAGUUAUACCUUGAGUCGGCACAUUGCUGAUCAAUGGCCUUCCCAUAGGGUUGCCUUUGAGAAAUAAGCUUGUCCAGUAAUAGGUAGCUGUAAGGUUUUUCUCUGAAUUCCAACACAAAUGUACUUUUUCAAACACAUUGCUCUUUGUUGAUUGCAAAGAAAAUAAAUGGGAAAAUCCCUACAA